ACAUUAGUGCGUGGCCCGAGAGAAUAUCAGACCAUCUCUAGUGGGGUGAAAAGGUGAUUCUCAUUCGUUGUAGAGCUCUUGGAACCCGUUCGGUUCGUGCACUGGAACCCAGCGAUUACAGAGGCACACGCCCUUUUCCCACUCAUACUUCCUCCUCCGUCUCUGAAGAAUGUGUGCGUCCUCGCCACCACCCAGCUCAGCUAGCCUCCACCAGUUCAACUAGAAACCACCCAACCGGCCGGCGCAAGGAGAGGAAGGAGCCAUGGCCGAGCUCGCGACGGGCGCCGUGAGCUCGCUGCUGGUCGUCAUCCGCAGCGAGGCGCUGCUGCUGCGCGGCGUCCGGGACGACGUGCAGUUCAUCAAGGAGGAGAUGGAGAGCAUGAAGAGCUUUCUGGCGCACCUGGCCAGGUGGGCGCCCCCCGGCGGCGAGCACGACGAGCAGGUGCGCACCUGGAUGAACCAGGUGCGGCUGCUCGCCCAGGACUGCAACAACUCCAUCGGCCUCUACCUCUACAGGGGGAACCCUGAUAUCCACCGCGCCAGAGGAGGGCUGCGAGGCUACCUCUGGUGGGCGACCUGGUUCUUCCACAAGUUGGCCGCACAGCACCGCGCGGCCGAGGAGCUGCGCUUGCUCAAGGAGCGGGCGCGCGACGUCGGCGAGCGGCGGUUGAGGUAUGGCGUCGAGGUCCUGGACAAGUCAGGGAAGGGGCAAUUGGCUCCGACAGCAUCAUCAUCGUCGUGGGCUGCUGCAGCAGGUGGCCAUGCGGCCGGGGACAAAGAAGGAGAAGAAGAAGAAGACGGUGACGGUCAACUCGUGGUGGGAAUGGCAACUGGUGGCCAUUCUGGUCCAAGAGCCUUCACUAAGCCUCACACUCUGGACGACUACGUCAAGGCAAAGCUAUGGGAGUGGAUGAAUGGAGCUCCUGGAAAUGCCGGCGAAAGUUUGUCCAUGGUCGUAGCGGCAGCCUACACGUAUCAGGACCUCCUCGCUCUUGUACAAGAAAUCUGGGUUUUGAGUCAAAACCCAGAGGCCUCCCCCUACCAUCGCAUUGUGGUGGUUGACAUCCCAGCCGUGCACCACGAUUUUAUGCCGCUACGGCCCAUGGAGGUUCUCUUCUACAUUCUGCGGGAGCUCAAGCUUGCCAAAUCCAACCCCCAGGAGCAAGGCACAGAAGGCCAAGAGGAUCUUGACUCUUGGAAAGUUUACAUGAGAAAAUGGCAAAUUUACCGUGAAAAGAAGAGUGCUCUUCUUGAUAUCAAGGUGACUAUUGAAGAGAUGGAGAUUGAUGAAAAGCUUGACAAAAUCAAAAGUGGUAUUCAUGGUCAACUAGCAAAGGGCGACGGACAACCCAAGGGUGACAAGCUGCUGGGUAAUUUUGACCAGUUGGACCUAAACGAACUACUUCAGUUGGUGCUCCAGACAGCGUCUCAACAAGAUCAAAACGGGAAGAAUAAAGACAUGCAUAUAUUACCAGCGUGGGACAAAAAGAACAUCAUCGUCAAGAAGCUUAAGGAGCAUAUGGAAGCAAAGGAAAAUGACAAGAAGCUUGAAGAGGAAGAAGCUGCCAAGCAUAUGGGGGUGGAAGAAGGAGAAGAAGCCAUGGCCAAGCAUAUGGAAGAGGGGGGAGGAGAAGUAACCAUGCAUAGGGAGGAGGAAGGAGGAGCCAAGCAUAUGGGGGAAGGAGAAAAAGCCGCGGGAGCUGCAGCAAGGCAAACACGCAAACAUAUGGAGGAGGGGGAAGGAGGAGAAGUAACAUGCAAACAUAUGGAGGAGGGGGAAGGAGAAAUAGCCAUACAUAUGGAGGAUGGGGGAGGAAAAGUAACCACUGAUAAGGAGGAGGAGGAAGGAAAGGAAGAUGAAGAAGAAGAAGAAGAAGAAGAUGAUGAUGAUGAUGAUGAUGACGACGACGAUGACGACGAAGAAGAAGAUGAUGACGACGACGAUGAAGAGGAAGAGACGACAUGGAUUCAGCUCCAUAAGGCACAAUAUGCACACAUCCUGGGGAAGCUGUUCCCCAAGAGCAGCAGCAAGCCUGUGCAGGCUCAAGACAGAUCCUUGGAUAAGCAAGCUACAAAGACCACAACGGAUACAUUGGGUGAGGAUCAAGUAAGAAAACUCAUCCACGAUGCAAAGGAAGACAUCUUACGGGAGCUGCAGCAAAGCAAAUAUGACAAGAGUGAAGGGGAUCCUGGUGCUCCGAAUCAAAACCCAGAAUCUGUUUCUGAAAAAAUAUUUGCCUCUUUCAUGGAUCAGAUGAUGGACAAAAUGAAGCAUGAGUUCAAAGAGCAGCUCGAGAUCAAAGGGCUCGUGAACAAGAUUAAAAAGAACUUGAAUCCUCAUCCGUACCGGGCUAAGAAGUGUGAAUGCCCCCUGUUUAUCCUCAAAGUUGAUGAGCUGAUGGAUGUUUCCUCAUGUGAGGAUAUCAGAAAUGCUUUGAGCCUGUUAAACUGCAGCGCCGAUUUGAUGAUUGUCACCGGCGCAAAGGACAUCCAGCGGGCUAAAGAAUAUUGCUAUCCACCGCUGGAACCUAUAGACUAUUCUCUUGCUGGCCUCUACCAUGAUACAGUGCUCGAGCUUACUAGUCAGCAGAAGAAUGAAGACAACUAUGACCCCCAAAUUUUUCAUGAUAUCUUGUACGAGUGUGAGCCACAUGAAUUCUGCAUGAAGGUGUUCACUCAUGCUCUGCAUGCUAACCCCAAGAGGAGCGGUGAGGAGUUACACAAGCUGCACAGCACCCUGCAGGCUUUACCAACAAAAUCAUUCAACAGCAUCACUAAGGUGAUGUUCAAGUUCUCUUACAAUGACCUGCCUAAAGAAUACAAGUCCUGCUUGCUGUACCUAGCUAUCUUCUCUCCCGGACAAAAGAUCAGGCGGUCAACCUUGAUUGCACGCUGGGUUGCAGAAGGGCUGACAUCCAAGGAAGAUUGGCCCAGUUCUGUGCGUCAGGCCAACCGAUGUUUUGACACACUUGUUGGCCGGUGCCUUGUUGAUGCAGCUAAUAUUGAUGCCAUGGGAAAAGUAAAGAGCUGCGUCGUAAGUGAUUCAGUUCAUGGAUUCAUUACCACCAUUGCCAGAAAACAACACAUUGUGGAGACACGCCUGUCACAUCACUUGGCUCGCCACUUCUCCAUUUUCAAUGAUCUCCAACUCCGCAGCUCUGAUAGAAUUGGUCAAUUCUUCCAUGGGCUCUCUAAAUCAUCUCAAGUAUCCCUGCUCAAGGUGCUAGAUCUAGAAGGUUGUCGGUGCUUUCUUGAGAAGAACCAUCGGUACCUCAAGGAAAUCUGCAGCAAGAUGUUACUGCUCAAGUAUCUGAGCCUAAGGAGAACAGAUAUUACCCAGCUACCUAGUGAAAUCAACAACCUCCGUGAACUAGAGGUACUGGAUAUCCGAGAAACUAAUGUGCCUCCACAUGCAACAGCACAUAUCCUGCUAUUGAAGCUGAAGCGUCUGCUUGCUGGCCACAUUGAUCCAAGUAAUUUUGAAUCUAAUCCCCAGAUUCCUCAUAGGAUCGACAAAAUGGUAAACAUGGAGGCACUACACAAUGUCAAGGCCAAGCAGAGUCAUGAUUUAAAAGAUAUUGGAAGGCUAUGGCAGCUGAGGAAGCUAGGUGUGGUUAUCGAUGAUACUGAUAAUCACCUAAGGAAUUUGCUUAAGGCGAUCAGUGACCUACAUGAGUGUCUCUGUUCUCUGUCAAUCACUAUUCCUGUAGCCGGACCACAUGAGGCAGAGUUACCAGAAGUCAAUGUAUCUUACCUAAAAAAAUAUCCCAAGAUUCUUGAGUCUCUAAGCAUCAAGGGAACCACACAGAAGGGGCGUCUUCUUCCAUUGUUCAUAAAAGGCGAUAACAACAAACUUGCCAAGAUAACUCUAUGUCACACUCUGCUGAGCCAAGAUGAUCUGGAAGUCCUUGCCAAGCUGCCCAAGUUACGGUGUGUCAGGCUCCAACAUAUUCUAUGCAUCGAGCACAAGCUGAACUUCAAGAAAGGUGAAUUCGGAUGCCUCAAGUACCUUCUUGUUGAGGACUCAGACUUGACUAAUAUCACUUUUGAGGAUAAGGCAGCCAGUGAGCUCGAGAAGAUGGUUUUGUCUAUCACCAGCAAAUGUUCUAUUUCAGGAGUUGACUGCCUUCUUAACUUGAAAGAGCUUGAGUUGAACAGCAGCUUCUGCGGUAGUUUACUUGACGAUGCCAAACAGAUAUCCAAGCUAACUCUUCGUGGUACAUUGCUAGAGCAAGAUGCUCUUCAAACACUGGCCAAGAAACCAAAUAUACGUUCUCUGGUGCUCCUGGAUAAGUCUUUUCGUCGAAGUCAAAACAAGAUUACAUUGAAAAAAGAUGAGUUCUUGUGGCUCAACCUUCUUGUUGUUGACUGCUCGGCCAUCACAAAGAUAGUCUUCACCAGAGGAUCUGCUCCUAGGCUCAAGAAGAUUGUCUGGUCAUCUUCCACAUCUCUCUCCGGCAUCAACAAACUUCCCAGAUUGAAGGAGCUCAAGUUCAACUUCAACGGUGUCGGUGACCAAGUCCCUGUUGAGGUGAGGGAGGCCAUUAAAAACCAUAAAAACAAGCCUAGUCUUAAACUUAAUGGGCCAGAAACUCAAGACAAAGCAAAAGGAGAUGAACAAGAGGAUGACGAUGGUGCUGCAAAAUCCUCUUUCUGCUGGAAGAAACAGGUCUGACGCUGGAAGGGCCUCUCCGUUGAUCCCAUGGUGUGGUUUGCGUGUGCUAGUGUGGAUUGCACUCUGUUCUGCUUGUCUGUUGAUUUCAUUCUGCUGUGUGUUUAUGUUCUGCGUGCAUUACAACUGAAGUAUGUCCGUUUACUUGCUCUACAUGAGUGCCCUAGUGGCUUCGAUUGAGCAUAAAUGGUUGUAUCUAUGCUUGGAUUUGAAUUCGUGUGUCUUUCCUCUGUAUCGAACAACAUAUGCAUUCGUGUACGGUUUCAUGUAAUAAAGUGUGAUGUUUGUGCGCACAUUUGACUUCUUAUUAAUAUUCAGUGUGAUAUCAGUA